UAGUGUUUUCAGAGCAAAGUCAAAAAUAAGUUUCCGAACCAACUAGUUUUUGUUAUCGAAAAGUAAAAUCAUAUGAUUUUCAUAGCAUUGUCCUCAGAACAUUAAAAAAAUAUUGAAUAUUUUUAUGACUCAGGUAGGUACUUUUUCACACCAAACAGUUCCAGUUAUCAUCAAUUGUAACACUUAGAUAGUGAAAGCAAUGAACUGCAUAGAUUCAAAGAGGUUUGUUAUACAAUUAUCACGAAAGACAUAUUAUACAACUAGUAAUGCAAACGCAAAUAUGUUGACAUGUCAAGAAGAGUACUUGGACCACGCCAUUGAAGAUGACUGCUGCAGUUGCAGUCGAAACGUUUGGAAAUCAUAACCAAAGACCACGGCAAAACCCGGAAAUCAUUCAAAACAUUGACGCCAGCCGUAAAAGCCUACAUUCUUAUGAUAAUUUAUUUUUUAGGUAACCACUAUCAAAAGUUCUGGUUAGUAAUGGUCAAGAAGUGGUCACAUUUUAUUAUUCAAAUCUUAGUACGAAAAUAAAAUAACGUGUGGCAACCCUGCAUGAACGUUAUGAGAAGUUAGAAGUUAUAAAUUUUGGAUAGGAAAAUUUUUGAUACCCAUUUUGUUUUUUUAAUAUUUAGAAUGAACUACUCAUAUUUUAGGUUUAGUCAUUUAGAUAAGUACUUACAAAAAGCGACAUGGAUUUCUUUCAGUAAUUUAUACAGGUAUUCACACAACUUCAGUAACAUACCAGGGCCUAUUUCCCUUCCAGUUGUGGGAACUUUAUAUCAUUAUGUUCCAAUAAUUGGGGAUUACAAAUUUGAUGAGCUGCAUCACAAUGGUUUCAAAAAAUACUACAAGUUUGGUCCAGUUGUUCAUGAAAAACUUGUACCAGAUGUUAAUAUUGUGUGGUUAUUCGAUCCAGUCGACAUUGAAACGAUGUUCCGAAAUGAGGGUAAAUAUCCUCAGAGAAGAAGCCAUUUAGCUUUGGAAAAAUACCGUUUAGAUAAACCUGCUGUUUAUAAUUCUGGAGGGUUACUACCUAC